GGCACCAGAGUAAUCCUGGUCAAGUUCUUACAAGAGCCUCUCCUAUUCUCCGUAUUUUCUGCGUUGUCGAAUUAGGGUUAGGGUUUCUGUUACUCGUCUCAAUAUCGCGUAAGCGCUCUGCAACUUAACUAGACCAGCCAUCUAAGAGUACCAAUGGCGGCCGCCGUGACAGCCCUAAACACUACCAAUGCCAGGUCCUCUAAGACGGAGAGUUACGUCGACAACAAGCGCCGGGACGACAUCCGACAGGCCAACAUCCUCGCUGCCCGCGCCGUGGCUGAUGCUGUGCGCACGAGCCUCGGUCCAAAGGGCAUGGACAAGAUGAUUUCCUCAGCCAACGGGGAGGUCAUCAUUACCAACGACGGCGCCACCAUCCUUAACAAGAUGGAGGUUCUCCAGCCUGCCGCCAAAAUGCUGGUCGACCUAUCUCGAUCCCAGGAUGCCGCUGCUGGUGACGGCACCACUACCGUUGUCGUUCUUGCUGGCUCCCUUCUCCGUCGAUCCCUCUCCCUCCUCUCCGCCGGCAUACACCCUACUGUCAUCUCCGACUCCCUUUACAAACUUUCCGUUCGUGCAGUUGACGUCCUGCACUCCAUGGCUAUCCCCCUAGAGCUCUCAGAUCGCGAUUCACUUGUCAAGUCCGCCGCUACCUCCUUAAAUAGCAAGGUCGUGAGCCAGUACUCCUCCCUUCUUGCCCCUCUUGCAGUCGAUGCCGUUCUUUCCGUUGUUGAUCCUGAACAUCCUGACCUCGUUGACCUCCGUGACAUUAAGAUCGUCAAGAAGCUAGGAGGCACUGUUGACGACACUGAGCUCAUCCAUGGCCUUGUCUUCGAUAAGAAGGUAAGCCACACGGCCGGGUGCCCCACUCGCGUUGAGAACGCUAAGAUUGCAGUAAUCCAGUUCCAGAUUUCGCCGCCAAAAACGGACAUCGAGCAGAGCAUCAUCGUCUCUGACUACACCCAGAUGGAUCGGAUCCUUCGAGAAGAGCGCAACUAUAUCCUGGGCAUGGUAAAAAAGAUUAAAGCCUCAGGAUGCAAUGUGCUUCUUAUCCAGAAGAGUAUCCUUAGAGAUGCUGUCACUGAUCUUUCACUGCACUACCUUGCGGAGGCCAAAAUUCUGGUGGUGAAGGAUGUCGAGAGGGAUGAAAUUGAAUUCAUAACAAAGACUCUCAACUGUCUCCCAAUUGCUAACAUAGAGCACUUUCGUGAGGAGAAGCUAGGUCAUGCUGAUUUAGUGGAAGAGGUUUUAAUUGGUGAUGGAAGUAAGAUAAUUAAGAUUACAGGCAUCAAGGAUGUAGGAAGGACUACUACUGUGCUUGUGCGGGGUUCGAACCAGUUGAUGAUCGAUGAGGCAGAAAGGAGUCUUCACGAUGCACUUUGUGUGGUGAGAUCUCUGCAUUGAAGAUUCAACUUGUAUAGUAGCAUAGACAAGAAAGCCUUAGAGGUG